AUGAGUUGCUUGCUUGCGCUCCUGGCUCGCUGGCCUUACCGAUCCGGUGGCUCUGACAAGUCACUCAGACUAAGGGUGCGCCGACGGUACGUACGAGCAACUGGCAGUGGCGUGGGUGAAACUCCUGGGACCAUGGUAAUGGACGAGGUCGGGGGCACAGCUGUGAGGGCCAUGAUACGCUUCCAUACACCCUUCGGAGGUGCGCACGAUUCAAGGGCCCGGCCAGCGCGUAGACUGGGAUUCUAA